AAACAUUCAUCAACAACUAUGGUGGAGCAGCAGUUGCUGCUGCUGUUGUUGAGGUGGUCAGCUGAUGGUGUCAACGUCUGCUGUUAGUGGUAAUGGUGCGGGUGAGAUUUGUGUAUGUGCAAUGCUCAGUACAGCUCUUAGCCAACAAGUUUACCGAAGAGGAAUUCCUCUGGUAGCCUUUUUACGCUGCAACACUAAUGUAGUGCGUCCACUCUGCAGUGCAACCAGGCAACACCAGUGUAAAGAGAGUCAGAUCAUUACAACUAGUAAGCCACUUCAGAAUGGAAAUAGCUUUCAAAUGAUAUAUAAAUUCCCGCACAUAAGGUUGGCUCGUUCAUUGUGUCGGUUGAAGAUACAUCAAACUGCUCUUACUUGCCUAGCUCUUCCUGCUGCUGGAUAUUUUGCAUAUGUAGGACUCUUAGGGCUAGAACGUUUUGUUGGUGUUGCUGCCAUUAAUGGACUGGCACUUGUCAUGUUAUAUGUUAUGGGAGAAAUAUUCCGCAGGAUAGUUGGUCAUGUUUACUAUGACACACAAAGCAGUUUAGCAAAGGUAUCUCAUCUAAAUUUUUGGGGAAGUCGUAAAGAUAUAUACAUCCCAUCCAGUGAUAUAGUACCAAUUGCCGACACAUCUGAUAAUCCUGCUGACAUUUAUGUUCGCUUGCUAAGAUAUUCGCAGCCCAAAUUCUCUCUGUUCCUUUUCCUCAGAUUUGGUGGCAUCAUUGAUCACGAGAAAUUUAGUAUUGUGUUUGGCAGUCUCAAGCCUGAGCAAUAGCUAUUAAAAACUGAAAAUCAGUCAGAAAAGUGAAAUUUAAGGGCAUAACUACUUAUAGUAUAGUACUUAUUAAAUGUGGAAGAGGAGAUACUGAGUAAAUCAAUUUACAUAAAUCGUUAUGGCCUUAGAUAUGUAAAAAAAUUUGAAAAAAAAAAAAAAGGUGUAGGCCAUUUCAGAAGCAUUGUAUGAGGUGUGUGCAAAAACUCAACUCGCAAGACAAACAAAA